UUAUCUGAAAUAUUCCGGGAUCAAACAUCGUUAGCAAAUGGUGGAUUGCGGCACAUUCCAGUCAAGACAAAUAAUUUAACAGAAAGUAUUAUUUUAUUUAAAAUAGAUCAAUUAAAUAAAAUCCGUUACUACGUUUCAUUGAACGUAAUAAAAUAAAUAACUUGAAAGUUGAAUUUAAAUAAUCCGAUAAGCUUUUGAUAAGAUUAAAAUAGAAGUUAUAAAUAGUUACUAAGCAAUGUUCACAAGGAGCAGAGGAACCGGAGGCCCAAAUCAAAAUCAAAACCAAAAUAAAACAAAUUACGGUGCAGGCCGUGGAUCGAUGUUGAAUCCUUCUUAUGGUGCUCAAAACAAUUCCGUUAAAAUAGCUAUACAACAAUAUCAAGGAGGUGCAUUUCGCCAGGGGCAAGUUCGUUAUUUACUCACCUAGUGUAAAUUGCCAGCGAUGACUCCUAAAUUAUUGUUCUUAUAUUUUUAUAAAAUGAUUAAGUAUAGAUUAUUUUUGAAAACAAACAACUUGCAUAUACUUUUACUUGAGUAUAUCAAUGUUGCUAUUAAUUUCAUGAUAAUCUGAGGGAAAAUAACUGGCGAGUUUAAGCUAAGUGUAGUAAAAAAAAACCCACGUUGCCAGUAAUUAAUUAACGCGAUGCUAGGCCCUGGUGGGAUAGUACAACCGUAGAGGUUCUUGUGUAGCGGCGACCCACCCUCUAUUUUUCAGUACCUUCAACAGGGUAACUAUCAACAAAAUAACACACAGAAGCCUCCCGGGAACUCGAUGAACCAGGCAUUCAAAGGAUCUGCGCAGCAACAACAUCCACGACAGCCGCAGCAGCAACAGCAGCAACAACACCAGCAGUCGCAGCAGCAAAUCCUACAGCAGCAACAACAGAAUAUUAUUCAGGCACAAAGUCAGGCUAAUCAGCAACAAGUCGGCCAGCCACAACGUUUGAAGCCUAUUCUUAAACAAACUCCGGCAGCUCCGCCAGCUCAAGCUCCGCAAACUCCGGCAGUUCAACAACAACCUGCUGCGACCAUGCCGGCAGUUGAGGCCAAUGACACCAAUGAUGAAACCAUGUCUCAAGUUUCUACUGACCAGCCUAAAUGGAAGCGUAUUAAGGUUCCUGGCGGUAAGUUGGUUAAAGUAAACAGGAAGCUUAAGCGCUUACGUAUGAAUCAGCGUUUGAGGAAGACUUUGAUGCCCAAGAAUGCGAUAAUGGUUUUGAAUGAAAUGAAAGCUGGUGUUAAAUUUCAUCUUGUAGAAAAUCAAGCCGUACCGAACGCAAUGUUCCUUGUUCAUGCUGAGCUUGAAGGUAAAACUUAUAUCGGCCAAGGUCUCUCCAAGCCACUGGCUCGUCAAAAUGCUGCUGAAAAUGCUCUUAAGAGUUUACUUCUUGAAAAAAUGAACGCAGCAGCUAAAAAAAUUAAAUUCGAAGACGUUAUCGAUGGAAGCCAGCCUCCUAGUCAAGGCAACCAAGGAACUCAAGACAACACUCAAAUUGCUGAUGAUGUUUCCGAAACUGGUACGAUUCCGAUGGAAGUAACCGGAAAUGAAGAGUCUGAUGACAUACCCUGGAGUUCAUUGGCAAGCUUUGCUUUGUACAAACUGUUUGUUGAAUGGCAGAAUCAAGGCUCUGUGGUACCAAUUCCCAGACCCGGGUUACAACAACCAGUCAAAGCUAAAUCCGAACCGAAACCACCGGCAGAGAAAAAACUUCCGGCUAAUGCUGAAACAAUUCAUCCGGUGAUGCUGCUCAAUCAAAUGAAACCAGGAAUUGUUUACACUGAAGUCAGUCGUCGCGGCAAUCCUCCUAAUACAUAUUUCACUUUAGCCGUUGAUAUUGAUGGAAAAUCUUUCACUGGUGAAGCUAAAAAUAAAAAAGACGCUAAGAAAGCUGCAGCAAAGGCUGCACUAAAAGGACUCUUUGGACUAGACUAUCCUGCCGAAGCUGAGGAAUCAAACCAGAUGCAAGUCCAGGAAAUUACACAAUAAGUUGAUAUUAAUCCAUAUCAUUAAUAACAAAAAAAAAUAUUUAUUACGUCAACUAGGAGACGUAUUCUUAUUGACUCACUAUCAUGUUUUUUGCUGAUUAUGUAGAAUUUGGAAUUUUUUUUAUAGACGAAUAACUCUAGUGUAACUUAUGUUUGUUUGCAUUAUAUAAAUUACUGUAGCUAAAAUUUUUUUUUUAUGACAAAGUAUUAUAAAAAUUAUGUUUUAUUACUUGAACUUUAUAAAAUAUUCAGUUGGUAUUGAAA